AUGGACGACCUAUUAACGAAUCCCUUUCUAAAGAAAGCUCGGACUGUAUUUGCGGUCCUCGGCGGUGUUUACGUAGUCGCAGUGGGUCUACUAACGAUACCGUACUUCCAAGGCCAUACAAUAUAUCUGAAUGCUGUUCGCAUUCCCUGGUUUGCUGAUUUUGACGCCCCCGAGAAAUACGGUCUUUCUCCAAAUAAAACAUACAAUUUCAAGAUCCAAACCUCCGACAACGAAACUCUUGGUUCAUGGUUUGUUCUCUCGGACAGACAGUAUCAAACCAUUCCAUUCCCACCUCAAUCACCCGAGCUGCUCAUCUCCGAUGCUGUAAGAGCUUCACCUACCAUUCUCUUCCUGCAUGGCAACGCCGGUACCCGUGCUUUCAAUGCACGCGUGCAACAUUACCAGGCCUAUUCUUCUCGCCUUCAUGCCAAUGUCCUGGCCAUUGACUAUCGUGGAUUUGCCGAAAGCUCCGGAACACCUAGUGAGGAUGGCUUGGUCCGCGACGCCAGAGCUGCGUGGGAGUGGCUGAUCAGCCAGGGUGCCAAAGGCGAGGACAUCCUCAUCGUUGGUCACAGUCUAGGCACCGGCGUAGGCGCGCGCUUAGCCGCAGAACUCUCAGAUGAAGGCGUCAAUUACCGAGGGGUCGUCCUCAUGAGCCCCUUUUCGAGCAUUGAAGAGGUUUUGAAGACCUAUAAUGUAUUUGGAGCUGUACCCUUGAUGAAGCCUAUUUCCAUGAUACCCUAUGCUGCCAAUAUCGUUACAUGGGCAUUGAUACAUAAAUUCGACACCUUUAGCAUCGUUCCUAGAAUAAAGGGCGAAGUAACUAUCGCUCAUGCUGAGAAUGACUGGGAUAUACCGUAUACCCACUCAGAAACACUCUUCAACGCCUUCCUUGAACCCCACCUACCGACUGUCAAACUGCCCACAAAUCCUGCGGCUCUGUCAAAAGAUGACUGGGCUUCCUUCACCUCGCAAGUAAGCGCUAGAAAGGAACGGCGUGAAGAGCUGGUCUCCCAUACCAAGCUUGCCAAUUUUGGAACUGUAGAAGAAUUUACCGAUGGCAACAGAGACGUCAUGCUCGUGAAGAUGUUCGCGGGCGGUCAUGAUCUGAUUGGCGUGCAGGAAGGACUGCAGGAUAUCAUCGGAACCAAGUAUGGUUUCAUUCGGGAGCGGAAAUUGAUUUUAGACUAG